ACUUAGUCUACGGUUGUUGAUCGGCUUAUUCGUAGUAUUAUGAUUGGCUGUGCCAUUGACGCUUGACCGACAAGUAUAGCCUACAUAUUCAUCUGCAUAUGCCAGGUGUCGAAGGAGGGCCAUGGCUGACGCUCAUCGAGACAUCCAACCAGUGCAUUACACCGCUGAAUCGAAACAAUGGCUUCCAGGUCCGAGUCAAGAUAGAGCCGGAGAACACAUGCCCAGCUUCAUCCGUGUUGUAUCAUGGAACGUUGAUUGUAUGAGGCCAGAACCAGACCUUCGCCUAGACGCUGCUCUCUCCUAUAUCCAGCACCAGGUCUUCAAGUGCAGGACAAACCGCAGACGUCCUGAACCGUGCUCGAUCCUCCUCCAAGGCGUCCUAACCACUGCAUUCAAUACCAUUCUCAAUAACAAGUGGGUCCAGAAUUUCUUCGUCGUCAUUCCUUCAACCACAGACGCCUGGCCUAAGCUCGCAAAGUAUGGCACAGUCACCCUCCUCUCUCGUUCCCUCCGCAUCACAAAGUCAACUUCCAUUCAUUUCAGCUGCUCUGAAUCGCAGCACCACGCUAUUUUCGUAGACGUCAAGCUCAGCGGUCUCCUGGACACAGCCCAAGCUCCCGCAUCACCCGAGUCUGUCGUCACCUUGCGAAUUGCUAACACCCACCUUGACCCAUUACCCGACGGCGCCCCUAUCAGGGAGAAACAACUCAAGCUCGUCGCUGAUGCUUUGAUACAUGAUGGGCUGUUUGGAGGAGUCGUUGGAGGAGACUUUAACGCUGUUUCGCUCAACGACUCCGAACUGGUUGAAUCUGUCGGCUUGUGGGAUGCAUGGGGCGGCGACGAUGAAGGUGGCUUCACUUGGGGGUAUCAACCUCGUUCUCCGCUUACACCAGGAAGACUAGACAAGUUGGUCUAUACGCCUCGUCCAGGCUUCUUUGUAGAUACCCCAAAGAAGAUAGCUGUUGGGAAGAAAUACGGGCAGCUGACGCGGAGGAGGUGGAUCAGCGACCAUUAUGCUCUGCUGACCAAGGUGCAAUGCGUAUAUUUCGCAUCCGACGCUUCAGAUGUAAUAUGAUCCAUCGGACCAUGGGCACAUCCAGCAGGGACUGAGAGAGCAAAGGAAUAUCGAAACAUGCUCGCUUGACGUAAGUUCACA